AUGGCUUCUUCUGGUAUGUCUCUACAGUCUCUCUCUAUGACACCUCUCAACAAUCUCUCCUGUAACCACAAGUUGCAUCGAAGCUCUCUCCUCGGUUUCUCUAAAUCCUUCCAGAAUCUUGGGAUCUCAUCCAACGGUCCAGAUUUCUCCUCUCGAUUAAGUUCCACUCCCAAGAACCUCACUCCUGUUCGUGCUGCUCUCUCCCAGAAUUCAGGACAUACCGACACUUCCAGACCAAGUAAAAUUCAAGAACUGUCCGUGUACGAGCUCAACGAAUUAGACCGACACAGCCCAAAGAUUCUAAAAAACGCCUCCAGCCUUAAGUUCGGUCUCGGCGAUCUAGUCCCAUUUACAAACAAAGUCUACACCGGAGACCUCAAAAAGCGCGUGGGAAUAACCGCCGGUCUCUGCGUCGUGAUCGAACACGUCCCGGAGAAGAACGGUGACAGGUUCGAAGCCACUUACAGCUUCUACUUCGGCAACUACGGCCAUUUGUCCGUACAAGGACCGUACUUGACUUACGAGGACUCGUUCCUCGCCAUCACCGGAGGCACAGGAAUCUUCGAAGGUGCGUACGGACAGGUCAAGCUUCAACAGCUUGUGUAUCCGACGAAACUGUUCUACACAUUUUACCUUAAGGGUCUUUCUGGUGAUUUUCCGGCGGAGCUCACAGGAACUCCGGUUACGCCGUCUAAGGACGUGGCGCCGGCGCCGGAAGCUAAGGCGCUUGAGCCUAGUGGAGUUAUUCGUAACUUUACUAACUAA